AUUGACACUCCAUUUUGAUCAUCGAUAUGCGCAAGUUUUUACUUUAUUUAUUCUAAGAGCUUUCCAGAAAUGUAGAAAUACUCAAAAUUUAUUUUUAAGGAGACUUUAAAAUAAAGAUUAAAAUGGACUUUGAUAGUCCCGACGUUAUGAAAGAUUUUCCAGGGUUAUAUGCGUCUGAGCACAAUAAAAAAUGCAGCAAUGAGAGUGACUAUAGUGAUGAUGUCGAGAAAGGAGCGAAGAAAGAUAUUUUGAUAGGUAAACGUAAAGAUAAAAAGGACAAAAAAGAUAAGGAAAGAGGUUAUGCAGCUCUAGGUGAGAGUUCAGAUGAAGGAAGCAAGUCCCGGAGUCCAUCAAAAUCAAAAAAGACUAAGUCAUUUAAAUUUACUUCGAAGUCAAAAGAGAAAAGGGAAAAAUCAAGAGAUAAAGAGGGUUCUGAUAAAAAAGACAAGGACAAGAAAGCAGAUAAAAAAUGUGAAAAGGACAAAGGGAAGAAAACAAAAAGUUCUGUUGAAGAAACAAUUGUCAUAGCUGAUGCUUUGCCAAUAUUUGGAGUGAGUUUAGACAUUGCCAUUGAAAGAAGUAGGUGCCAUGAUGGAGUAGAUUUGCCAUUACCAAUUAGAGACUGUAUUGAUUUUGUAGAAUCAAUCGGAGUACUUUUUGAAGGUGUUUAUAAGAUUAGUGGAACGAAAGCAAAAGUUACACAAAUUAAGAAAAUGUACAAUCAAAGAGAAAAUGUUAGAUUAAGUGAUUAUGAUGUGCCAACUGCUACUAGUCUAUUAAAAAUGUUUUUAAGGGAUCUUCCAGAACCCAUAUUCACAAAUGAUCUACUAAUACGCUUUGAGGAAGCUGGUGCCAUAUUGAAUUUAAAUACUAGGGAAAAACAUUUGAAAAUAUUAGUAGAGAAUUUGCCUCCACAGAACAAGCUGUUAUUGUCAUGGUUGAUAGUUCAUUUACACAAUGUUUCCUUAAAUGAAAAACAAAACAAAAUGAGUAAGCAAAAUAUUGCAUCUGCACUCAAUCAUACCUUUCAUGUAUCAUCGAGAUUGCUUCAAGCCUUACUUCAUCAUUCUCAAGCGUUGUUUCCAAAUGUUGUUAUUUUUAAAUAUAUUCCUCCUGUUAGUAAUAUUGUGCAGAUACCUGAAAGAGCUCAGCAGUUAGAAAUAGAACUAAAAAAGCAAGAAUCUCUGUUAUCUCAAAUACAUAAAGAGAUGAAUGUUGGCUGUAUAUCCAAAGAAAGAGAGGAAAAGCUGUGGGAAGUACAAAGAAUAAUUACACAAUUAAAGAGAAAGAUGAAGACAGUGAGGAGAAUAAAAAGCACAGAAAAAUGUGAUGAAGAUAAUGGUUUGGAAGAUAAAAAAACUGAGAAGGAACUGGAUGUGUUGCCUGUAAAUGACCAGACUGAAUCUACAGUAGCUCACUCAGAUACUUCUUCAAUAAAAUCGCAAGCUGCCUUAUCCCUGGUUGAAUCAGAAGUAAGUGUGGAGUUAUCUAAAACUGAGCAAAAACAACCAGAAGAAAGUGAGACUGGAGGGGAAGAUACAAGUAUUGAAAAAAAUGAUUUUUUGUUUGAUGAUGAUAUUGUAUUGCUUACAUAUAAGCGAAAUGGUCUCAUUCAGUUAAAGGAACAAUUGAUGAAAGACAUACAACAAGAAAAAAAUGAAAUUGAAUCUUCAAAAGCAAAACUGGACGCUGGUGCAAAUAAAGGCAAUGCUUCUAAAAUAGUUAUACCAAAACAAGAUAGCUUAGAUCAAAUAAUGGUACUUCUGCAAAACGAAAACAAAAUUUUACAAAUAAAGAAGAUCAAUCUUGUUCGGAAAAUCAUCGAGCAAAAAGAAUUGUGCAUAGAAUUAAGUGCACAGUUGAAAUUAGCUGAAAGUGGUAAAUAUUCGAAUAUUCAUGUGUAGAGUGUACUUAAGAUCAUGAUGUAAAAACAAACUUACGUAGAUCUUUCAUUUUUCAUACAUACACUGGUGAACAAAACAUGUGCCUAAUGCUUUGUUUUUGUACAAAUUUAGUACUAAUACUUUAUUCUGUCAUAUGUAACUUUUAUUUUAUUGAUUAUCAAUCAAUUAUGUAAUUUUAUAAUUUAUACUUUCAAAUUGUUUGAAGUUCUUUGCUCUCCAGUGUUUUUAUUAAUUAAUUUAACUAAGGGCUUAAAUUGUUGUUUAUUUGAGUCAUCAUGUACUAUUUAGAUAGAGUUGCAUUAUUAAGAAGAAACAUUUUUAUGUAUUGGUGUCACCUGUGAAAAGUGCAAAUUUGUGUUUUGAGCUAGGCGCAUCACCAGAAAGCUAUUUUUUCUUUUUCUUUGCGUCUAAUGGGCUAAAGUGAUGUCGCUAUUACUGCGGUCAAUAUUACACUGAAUCAUGGGUUGAACCUUCAAAAUACAACUUUUGCCUGCGAAGAGCCAGUCAAGUGUUCUUAGCGCACUUUGCACAAAUUUUAGAUCACCUAAAUAUUUGUGGAAUGUAAGUUAUGUACCGGGUGGUCCAAUAAGCCGAUCUCUCGGUUAUAUAUCAGAAACUAUUCAUGUUAUAACAUUAGGAGAAAAAAUUCCUUAGUAAAAGUGGCCAAGAGAAAUCGCUGGAAAUAACUUGAAUAAGCUGGAAGUUUUUGGGUUAACCGCCAGGGGUCGUAACCUGUGAAGAAAAAUGUGUUUGUGAAAUAUGACCAAUUAUAUAGUGUUAAAUAAGUAAACUAGAAAGAGGCCUAAAUUCCGCACAAAGUUGUUCAAGUACUUUUUUUUUAUUUUUUUAAAUAAAGGGUGGGGGUGAGUGGGAAAGUAUUUGUGGAUAAAUACCUGUAACUUUUAUAUAAUAUAAUGAAUACAACAAAUUUAUUGACAUCACUUUGAUAUUUCUUCAUGUUAAUACAGCUCUUUGUCACAUAUACUUAGUUUUGAUAUACACUUACGUAACAACAAUUUUGCCCUUUGCGUCUAUAUUUCAGAAAAAAUUGCAUGUGCAAUUCACUUAAACGUAGAAAUUAACUUUAAAAUCUCUAAAGGUGACAAAAAAAUAGAAGAAAAGGACUGACAUAUCUUCUCCAACUGCUUUAUUGUAAAUUUUCGUAUUAUAUUGUGUUUUAUUGUAAUUGGGUAAUAUAAUAACGGUCCCCCCUGUAUGUUAACAUUGACCUGAACCAACCAUUUCUGUAGUAGAGUCUCUUUUUUAGGAAAGUGUGUUAUACAAAUAACGUUCUAAUCUAAAGACUAAACUGGUAUCUCUUCAAGUACCAAUUUUUUUACAUAUAUGUGUGAUCUCUCUAUUUUAUUUAUAUUUAUUUAUAUAUACAGGGUGCGCCAAACCUCUGGUUUUCUAUUGUUACAGCUAAAUUAUGGAAUAAAAAUGAUGUGUGAACAACGGAAUGAGCCAACGUUGUUUUUUUUAAUGCAACACCCUGUAUAUUAAAGCAUAAGUAUUUGUAUAAGGUUUUAUAGAUCUAAAGUUAAUCAUUUUCGUAAUACAGUAAAAUCUCCCUUAACCGAAACGGCUGACAGUUUCAAUAAUUUAGUCAAAUCUCAAAACGUAAACAAUUCCAUUAAUUUCACUCACCGAUUGAUGCCUAUGUGUGUUGGGAAAUUAAAAAAACCAAGAUAUUUGAGAAAGAGCACUUUUUAUAGAAGCCAAAAAAGCUCAUGGAUAUCGACUACUUUAUUUUCAGAAUUAUUCGAAAAUGAAUUAUUUGGAAAUGAAGUGUAAAAUCCUUUUUAAAAUAAAAAACCUUCCUAUCAAAGCAUUGUUGCUUGUUGACAAUGCGCCAACUCACCCUCAAAAUCUACACAAUAGUGAUAAUUGUCAGAUUUUUGCCACCGAAUGUCACGAGCUUAAUUUAGCUGUUAGAUCAGGGAGUAAUAGAGACAUUCGAGAGACAUUAUAGAGGAGCAUUCUUAAGACAUCUGUUACAGAGACAUUACAGGAGACGAAUGAGUCCAAAAGUGUUCCCGAAAUCCUCAAAUGUUUAACAAUGAAACAUGUUGUUUAUCGGUGUGCUGAGUUUUGGGCCAAGAUCAAAUCUUCAACUUUGGAAAAAUGCUGGAACUAACAUUUUGAUAGGAUUUUGUUCCGAUUUGACGAUCCUGAAGAAGAAGCUGACGACCCAACAGACAACAGGCAGCAUGAGACCGCCGACGAGAUUUUCAAUGAUUUAAGGAUAAGAAUUUUACACAGUAGGCCUAAUUAGUUAGGUACACGACUUUAUUACUUUAUUCUGUAUUUACUUAUUAGAAAACAUUACGAAAUCACCUCAUAGUAUUUUUUAAUACCAAUACUUUAACCAAGAAUAAUAUAAAAAACAAUGUUAUAUUUCGGUUAACCCCCCCCCCCCCAAUUAUUUCGGUUAACGGAGGUUUUACUGUACUUACAUUUUUAUUGAGAAAAAUGCUAAUAUUUACAGGGCUGUGUGGCACAUGGCACAUGAAGGUCGACAUUUAAGGCAUGCGGUCUAGUACCAUGGAAUCCAAUUCCUCAAAUUUGAAAAAAAAUGUUCAUCUAAUCUCUGAAAGAUCUUCUUGGUUUGCCUCUUUUGCAUUUUCCUAUGGGGGGCUCCACUCUGUUAUUUUUGCUAUCCAUCGGUUUGGGUCUGUUCGUCUGACAUGUCCGUAGCACGUUAAUCUUUUUUCUUCAAUGUAAUUUUGGGUGUCUUUCUUUAUCUCCAUUCGUCUUUUGAUUUCGUCGUUAGUUAUUUUGUCCAUUUUGGAAACUCUGCAGCUUCUCCAGUAGUCCAUUUCUGUGGCGUUUAUUUUGUUUCUGCUGCUUCUAUUCAAGACCCAAUUUUCUGUUCCAUAUGUUAGAAUACUGCGAAUCAUCGUGUUAUAAAUUCUUUUUUUGUUUUGUGUCUGUCCCAUAGGAUUGAAUUCAGUUGUCUUAUAGAGUUUCUGUUUUGACCAACUCGAUUUUUAAUUUCUUCUUCUGUAGUACCUUUAUUUGAUAUAAUGAGCCCCAGGUAUUUAAAUUUAUCGGCCCCCUUUAUUUCACGCCCGUCAUCCACUUCCAGGUUUCUUGUGUUGUAUUCAGAUAUUCUGUUUUGUUAAUAUUUAUUUCCAGGCCAUUUAUAUUAUAUUCUUCUUCUAGUUUUCGAACCAUAUAACUUAAAUCUUCCUCGUCUUGUGCUAUUAUGACCUGAUCGUCUGCGAAACUGAGGGUAUACAGAUAGUCGUUCGUUAUGAGUACUCCCAUUCCCUCACAUUUCCUUUUCCAUGGCUUUAGGGCCAUUUAUUUUCAAAAUAUUUUCCACCUUAAAUUACAUUUUAUAGGUGCCCAACAUAGGGUAGGAUGAAAAAUUGGGUGUGUCCAUUAUUGGAGCAAUGAGAGCAACAUUUAUAAUUUCUUUUCUAAAAUAUAUCAGAAAAUAUUUUACCACUACAAUCACAUAGUAUUUUUAAGUAAAGAUAACAUAAUAAAUAAAAAAAUCAUAACCUCAACAUUACCUAGAGGUGAGAAAAUCAAGUUUUUUUGCUUAAGGUACCCAUUGUUGGUACACUUACCUUAUAUUUUAUUGCUAGAUGUCAAAUAUAUUAAAUUAUUGUAAAAUGACACUACACUAGAAAAAACUUUAAAGUGUCAUGUACAUUUUUAUUACCUUGGAAACCUAAUCCACGGCCCUUUACAUAUUACCAUUUUUCUCAAUAUACCUUAUACAAAUAAUUAAUAUUUUUUAAAAAAUAUAUUCAAAAUGCUUUAAUCUAUAGGGUGUAGCAUUUAAACAAAAAACAAGUUUGGUUCGUUUUUUCGACUUUUGUAAUAAACAUUUUUUAUAUACUCCAUACUUCGCCGUAACAAAAGAAAACCAUGUCUUUAAUAUAUGUAUGUAAAUACUCCUUAAUGUACUUGAAUACUUAUUUAUUUAUAUACUUGAUUUGUGAUAUCUUUAAAUUUUAUUCUGAUUUUAUAUAUUGUGAUUAUAACCGAAGAUGUUAAAUGGAACUGUAUAACUUAUUUUCGACCUAAAACAAAACAUUUUGAUAUUGUUUAUAUUUACUACUUAAGAGAUUCAACAAAAAAAUCAAUGUUGUUAUAUAUGAAUGUUUUAUAUCAAUUUGAAUAAACGUCUCUAAUGAAACGU